CGCUGAUGUCAGUCUCGAUGUACGAGCGCGUACGAGCGGAGCCGUCGAAACCGACGACGACAACGCGUGGUCGAUCGUCGUCGCAAGCAGAACAUCCACCUGAUGAAGUGAAACGAUCCGCGUGAUAGUGAUCAAUAUACCAUCAGCUCUCUCAUUUUCUCUAACAACUGUGAUCGCGAUCUGAGAUCAUACGAUGGUCGUGAAUAAAAUGCAUGUGCGGCAGAAACCAAAGUAUCCCAAAUCGGUGUUCUUCAUUAUCAGCAAUGAAUUCUGCGAGAGAUUUUGUUAUUAUGGAAUGCGCACUGUCCUGUCGCUAUACUUGUAUAGCAUGCUGAAAUAUAGUGAGAGCACGUCUACAAUAAUCUACCAUGUCUUCACCUGUUUCGUCUAUUUCUUUCCACUGAUUGGUGCAAUCAUAUCCGAUUCAUGGCUUGGAAAAUUCUAUACCAUUUUUUAUUUAAGUAUUAUUUAUGCUAUCGGACAAGUGAUUUUAUCCUUGAGUGCGGCACCUCCCGUACAAUUGCCUGCAAGAGAAUUUUCCAUGUUGGGUUUAUUCCUGAUAGCGCUUGGUACAGGCGGAAUAAAACCUUGCGUGUCAGCUUUCGGAGGCGAUCAGUUCAUUCUACCUCAACAGGAACGACAGUUGGCGAUGUUCUUUUCCCUCUUCUACUUUUCCAUUAACACAGGCUCCCUAAUCUCCACCUUGCUGACUCCGGUACUUCGUGAAGUGAAAUGUUUUGGCACCGAUUGUUACUUCGUGGCAUUUUUGGUGCCGGCCGUUUUAAUGGUUAUAUCGAUUGUGAUAUUUGUCUCGGGGAAAGUGAUGUAUAAAAUGGUGAAACCUACGGGCAAUCUCAUCGUCACGGUUACCAAGUGCGUUUGCCAUGCAAUCGCCAAUAAAUUCAGAAGGAAAGCAAACCGCGAUCAUUGGCUCGAUCAUGCCGAUGAUGUUUACGACAACAAGCUGAUCGAAGAUAUCAAAGUCGCACUGCGGGUUCUGAAAUUAUUUAUACCACUGCCAAUAUUCUGGGCGCUCUACGAUCAGCAAGGCUCUCAGUGGACAUUCCAAGCAACGCGAAUGGAUGGCCAAAUGGGUAGUUUUAUACUGCUGCCCGAUCAGUUACAAGCUCUCAAUCCACUAUUGAUCAUCAUCUUUAUACCAAUUUUUGAGACUUUGGUCUAUCCGGCUUUCGCCAAAAUACAUUUCAUCGAUACACCCUUGAAGAAGCUCGUUGUCGGCGGAUUCUUAGCCAGUGUUGCUUUCGUCGCAGCUGGUAUCGUUGAAAUACAAAUCGAGUACACAUAUCCGAAGUUACCGACAAAUGGAAACGCUCAAAUGCGUAUUUUCAACACAAUGAAUUGUACCGUGAAUGUAGAUAUGGCAAAUCACGUAGUUAAUCCAGUUAAAAUAAAUCCAGUAUCUAUGUCGGAAGUUCUCGAAGUGAAAGCAAAUGAAACUGUUACAAUACCUUAUACAGCAGAUUUCACAGAAUGCUAUGAGAAGGGUUACACCGACCUGAAGACGGCAAAAGGAGAAAUUAAUGGUACGGAAGCUAUUGCAUCGUCAUGGGUUAUAACACCCUUGGGAUUAAACCAUGGCUAUGAGGAUAUGGUGGACAAACCAGAGAAGGGUACACCGAUGGUCCGUGGUCUCAUCUAUCUUGCGCCUGGAUUAGAUAACGCCACACUAAUAGUGUCCCGUAACGAUAAGAUAGCAGCGUCAAUUCCAGUCAGUAGUUUCAAAUUUUCACACUCAGAGUUACACAAUAUCGAGUCUCCAGGAGAAUAUGAUGUCUAUCUAGACAAAACACUGUUGGAUAAGAACGUAGUUUUCAAGUCCGGUGGAGUGUUCACCGUAGUGGGUUCCCACGUUAAGCAUAAUGGCCAGUCGAUGAUCGCUGGCAAUACAAUCACGGUCACACCGCCCAAUUCGCUGCACAUGGCCUGGAUGUUACCGCAAUAUAUCAUCAUCACGAUGGCCGAGGUGAUGUUCUCUGUGACAGGCUUGCAAUUCGCCUUCACUCAGGCCCCGGUGAGCAUGAAGUCUUUACUUCAGGCGGGCUGGUUGCUGAGCGUGGCUUUUGGCAAUCUCAUUGUGGUUAUCAUAAAGGGUUCGCGUCCCUUCGAACGGCAAGUGUACGAGAUUUUCCUGUACGCCGUUUUGAUGGCAGUAGUCAUAACGAUAUUUGCUGUGAUGACUUUAUUCUACAAAUAUGUGGAUAUCCCAGAGGAAGAAGAUACUGAUGGGGCCCUACCCCUGGAAGAAAAGGCUGGGAAUGUUAAUUCGGCCUACAAAGAGGAUGAAAAAUGACGGUGAGAGACACGACUGAGUGAGAAGUAAUAAUUCUCACGUGUUCCCUUAUUCACAGAAUGAAAACACGAACCGCGGCGGUAACACUUAAAAAUGCGAAAAAAUUGCUCGUGUAUCGAGAAUUUGUUCGUUUCUAUCGAACAAUUAACUUUGAGAGUACGGUAAGAUGUGCAAUUUUUUUUCUUAACACUCAAUCUCACCUUUUCUUUUUUCGUAAAAAAAAACUAUAUAGACUGAAUAUACAUUCUAUAUAAUAACAAAUCUAUAAUGCAUUUCCAGCAUUUCAAUUAGUAGAAAGAGAAUGAAAGUCCAUAAAAAAUGGAAAAUGGCGUAUUUUAUGUCUCAUAGCAACAUUCAAAAUUUUAGAGAUUGUAAAUAAGAUUGUAAAAUAUUAAGUUUUUAUAUUCUUAGAUUUUAGCAGAUUUUAGCAAUCUAAUAAAUUUUAGUAAAUUGUUAUUAAAAUUGGUGUAUUUUUGUGAAUGAUAAAAUUGAUCAAAACGAUACGAUAAAAUUACAUUAUAAAACUAGGAAUUUUUGGAGAUUAAAACAAUUGUGUGAAUAUUAUGAGUGAGAAAUUAAAAAAAAAUUUCGCGUUGAUAAUAAUCAUAUAAUU